AUGGAUGUCACAGAGCAGGAGGAGCAGUCUCCGCUCAUGGAGGGAGCCCCGGCAUCAAAGCCAAAGGCCCGUUCAGACCAUCUCAUGAAGCGUGUCUCGAGAGCAUGCUUGCAUUGCCGACAACGCAAAUCCAAGUGUGACCUAGAUGCCAGCGGCAGUCCCGGGGUGCCGCCGUGCCAGCGAUGUAUUCGUGACCGUCGGGAAUGUGUCUUGGGCGGCUCGAAUCGUGGAGGUCGUCGCAUCCGCAAGAACAAGAUAAAGAACUUCACGCCGGAUACAAAAGCAUCAACUCAGAAACCAGACGCACAGUCGACCAGCCCCGCCAACACAGAAAAUACCCAACCGAAUUCCAACUCAUAUCCAGGCCCUGUCGUCUUUGUACCGCCCUCGAAUCCUCCUGCGGCGACGGUGGCGACGACAACGUCGGUAUCCGUUGACGAUGAAGAUGCGGCGUCUAUCGGCUCUGUACCUCGAAAUCCUUCCGACGCCUGGCAAUGUCUGACUGACAUUGCGAAGCGAGGUACCGAUGGACCUAGCCCUGCAACAACAGACUCGCUACGUACCGGCACGGGUGGGUAUUCUACAUACAGUGCGUUCCAGAAUGGCGACGUGACAAGCCUUCAAACGAAAACCGGUAUCAAGGCGUACAGGCUGGUGCAAUCGCGAUCUCUUGACCCAGGAACUGUUUGGCAGCUGGUUGCUCGCUAUGCCCAGAACUUCCAUCCGUACCUUCCUCUUGUUCCCCGGAAAUAUUUCCACCGCACCGCUUUGGACGCCUUCGCAGAUAACGAGAAACAUCUCCUCACGGCCGUGAUCACGAUAGCAUCGAAAGACCUAGUUGAGCGGCCAGAAAUUCACGAGUACUGCUCCAAGUACAUGCAUGAAUUGAUUUCCGGCAUUGCUGCCGGAGCCGACUGCGAUGUGGAGGCUGUGGAAGCCCUUCUUCUGCUUGCCGAAUGGGAACCCCAGGGCCUGAGACCAAAGAUUGAACGUGUCGGACGUGGCGAAGAGGAUCGCGCUGCUUGGAUGCAUGUUGGGCUUGCACUGCGCUCAGGCUAUUUUCUGGCCCUGGACAGGACCUCAUUCCGUGGGGACGCCUCGGGAGACACGGAAGCGGAGGCACGCAGACGACUAGCAUGGACCAGCUGCUACAUCUCAGACCGUCUUAUUUCCGUGAGAGUGGGACGUGCGUUUUGGUCGCGAGGGCCAGGCCCAAUGACUGGUCUCGUCAGCCAGGAUUUUCCAUCGCUACAGCCUGUCAGAGAGGGGGACGAGGACUAUGCGCAGAUAUUCCAGGCUACGUUGGAUCUCACACAGCUUUAUGGAAACGUCCAUGACCUCCUUUACUCUGGAAUGCGGACGAGUAACCAGAUGAUGUUGAUGGGUGAUUAUGUAAAAUACGUGGACGAUUUUAGACUGGCGAUUCUGAGAUGGAAAUCGCGCUGGGGUACACUAAAGUGCUCGCCGGCUAUGCAGACUACCCUGCAGCUAUCGUACGAAUAUCUGCGGCUCUAUACCAAUGCGUUUGCUUUCCAAGCAGCAAUAUCUCAAUCAUUAUCUAAGCAGAAGGAUGACAGUCAAUCUCAGAGGGAGCAUCUACGGGCAACAUUUGAUAACGUGGCCUCAAUGCAGGAUGCCCGGUUCAUCAUCGAGUCGUUGGAUGCCGCCAAAGCCUAUUUGACUAUACUCGUCGAGACAGCCGAUCCUGAGAAGCAUCUUCACUUUAUGCCCCUUAGAUUCUACCUGUAUGGCAUCUACGCUGCGGUCUUCUUAUACAAGGCACGAUCGUUUGGUGUCAUGCUCCCCGCAGAGGAAAUGAACGUACGCGACCUCGUCACUCGAACUACGGAGGUUCUAAAACGAGCCAGCGCUGGGCCUGACGACGUUGGAGCCCGUUAUUCGAGACUCCUAGAACUCCUAUGGCGCCCUAAAGCGACUGCUCCAGCAUCGCCUGCAGGAACCCAGCAGAGCAAUGACGUCGUAAUGCAAAACACUAACUCCCUCAACUACAUGCCCGACCAAGAUGGCUAUGUACACUUCAGCCCUGCAAACGACUUUUCCUGGCUAGACCUCGAAGCAGUUGGAGAUUACGUCUCCGGUGAUCCUGGCACCCUGUCGCUGGAAGCGUUCCAGAAUCCUGGUCUAUUCCAGGCUGGCUCUGACAGGGCAUGGCAGACUCCAAUGUGGUCGGGCGAUAUGACGAGCAAUCUUCUAUUCUAG